AUGGCAUUAAUAAUCGGCUUGAUGGCUGAGACUCGAUCUCGUUGGACAAACUUGCAAUUUCUUUCUCCCUGUUGGAUAAGGAGUUUCAGAGAUAAUUAUUAUUUGACUGUCGGCCCCCUCAUGUCCCCCUUCACCAAACGAGUUGCCUCAAGGGGGUUCCGACCGCGCUUGGAUCAUAUCAAAAUCAAUAAUAAUAACAACCAAUAUUUUAAACAUCCAAAUCGCGCGGGUGUACACAACAAAUACCACGACAUUGUAAGACAACUGAUUGUUGCCAACGUCAUCGAACAAACUGAUGAGGACCAAAUAUGUUCUCCUUUAUUCAUCAUUCCAAAAGGCAAUGGAUCCCCUCGCGUAAUCAGUGAUUUUUCUGAGGUAUCCAAGUACUUUCUUCAUUACCCGUUCAGACUGAAAUCAAUCCCGCUGAUGUCUGCGAAAUUGGACCAAUCUUCGUUCGCAUGUAAAAUAGACAUACCCAUCCCAUUGGCCACACAGGUCAGGAGUUUUUUUGGGUUUAAAUUUAACAACACUAAUUAUCGUUACCGCGUACUUCCCAUGGGAGCUUCAUUUAGUCCCUAUUGCCUCCAGUCUAUUAUAUUGCACGCCUGCGCAAAAACGGUCAAGAAAGCAAAUUAUAACGUCUAUCUAGACGACAUACUCAUCUACGGCAACAAUGAGAAUGACGUCAAAUGGUCGACAAGAUCCUUACGGUGUACCCUCGAAGGUUGGGGAUUUCAAAUAGCGACGGAAAAAUCAGUCCUUGACCCAACCCCCAGCAUAACCUACCUUGGUGUCCCUAUCAAUCUUACGGACAAAACCGUAGCAGCUGACACAAAUACAAGACGUAGGCUUAAGAAAUGCCUGGAGGUUUUCAGACAACACUCGUACCAACACUUCCAGGUGGGCCAGGAGUUAGAAGCCAGGGUAUUGGGAGUCGUUAAUCAUUACGCCUAUACGAUUACCGGCAUGUCCAGAUUAUUCUCCCCCUACUAUGUCACUAUGAAUCAAGGACACUUAGCCCCCAUCGUUGACACCUAUCUGGCCUUUAGAAAAGCGAACAUUAUAAUAGAUGCCUUAGCCGCUCCCUUAUCACUCCACUAUUACGCUAACUCACCGGUAUAUGUCGAUGCAUCUAAUUCACAUAUAAGAAUCAAUUUUUGGGAGGUAGACAACUUGUCAGUAGCCUACAGCGAAGCUUGCCUACUCUUCAAUGUCCCGACCCACGUCAUUGAACAUAUUAACGCUAAAGAAAUCUUAGCGGUCAGCAUUGGUGCUAUAAUGGCUAUACACAGAAAUAAUGAGCACCCGAUGAUAUUCACAGAUUCCUCCGUUGCCUAUUACUCAUACGGGAAAGGUGGAUCAAGGUCACCCUCGUUAGAAAUUAUCUUAACUCAAGUCCUGUCAAAACUAGGCCUAGCCAAUUUUACCGCUGUGUCCCAAAAUAUCCAAUGUAUACCAUCGGAAGAUAACCCUGCCGAUUUACCUUCUAGAACCUGGAUGGCCGCCAGGGAACAACUGGAUCUAUUCGAAGGGCCGGUUCUAGAAGCAGCGAUGAUCUUACAACAAUACGAAGAUUCUCUAUUCGGAGAGCAAUCAAAUCCAGAUACCCCUUCGUUAAUAUCAGGGCUGUCCGUACCAGCUAGGUAUAUAUUACUCCAAGGAAAACUUGAAAUCAAAAUUAAUUGA